UCCUAUUAUUCCGGUUAACAAACACAAAGAAAUAAUACAAAGUCGUUGAGUACUGAAGAAUACGAUAUUUCUGGGCGCGUAUUUAAACAGCGCACAAGACCAACAACCAGCAGAAUACACUCUGGCAGAUCAGACACUGAAGCUACAUUGAUCCUCCAAAUUUUGAACUGGUUUUCUCUCUUAAUACUUUAAUAAAAAACGUAUCUAUCUCAAGAUGGAUCCAUCCGAUUUACAAAGUAGAAUGGAGGCAAUGGAGGCCCGUCUCAAGGGGUUGGAAACAAAUUUGGAAGCAGUCAAGCCCAAGCCCUCGGUGGCUUCAUUACGCUCAGACCAAGCACCAGAUCCGAGAGACGCCACAAAAAUGAUCAAGGAACUUGAGGUUCUAUUAGCAAGAACAGAAGAAGAACGUAAUCAGCUUCAGUCUGAUCACGAUAUACUCUCUGCACAGCUCGACCGCUACAGGGCCGAGUACGACGAGGCCAUGGAAAGGCAAGAGGGAUUAGAGGUAAUAUGGAUGCAGAAACUGGAUGCGGAGCAAAAGAGAAGUCGCGCCCUUUUCGAAAGAUUGCAAGCAUUGAAGGGUAACAUCCGCGUUAUGUGCCGCAUCCGUCCUCCUCCGGCGGAAACGCCAUACGAAGAUCUCGUCGACUUUGGGCCUCGAGAAAAGGGUGAGUUUUCGGACUCCUGGGGGCGCAUGCAAAUACCCGUAGAACGCCAGGACGUGACCGGUAGAGUAUCUACUGACACGCAGUCAUUCGACUUCGAGCGCAUUUUCGGCCCCGAGGAAUCGAACAAUGAUGUAUUCAAUGAGAUCUCCGACCUCGUCGAAUGCGCGCUUCAAGGUGAGAAAGUUGGUAUCUUCGCAUAUGGGCAGACCGGGUCUGGAAAGACGUUCACACUUAGCCACAAAGAUCCGGCAGGGGAUGGCUUAGAAGAUGGUGUUAUUCCCCGAACAGUAGCUUUAAUGUUUCAGAACGCCGAAGCAUCACUUACACACAACUACUCAAUUUCACUGUCCAUCUUGGAAAUUUACAUUGACAGCAUCUAUGACCUACAGGAACCUAUUGACGGCCAGAAAGCUCAAACUCGGAUCGAACAAGCCAAGUUUUUGGAACUGACCUCUCAAGAGUCGGCGGAGGCCAUGAUUGAGGCAGCAGCGCAACUUCGCGUGUCGAGCUCUACGAGCCAAAACGCGUCAUCGUCUCGCUCGCACCUAAUAUUGACGUUUCAGAUACACCGAGAACGCCUCGGUGGAGGGGAGGAAGAGACAGGAUAUCUCUACCUCGUGGAUCUCGCCGGUUCGGAGAGGUCUGCUGCAAGUGGACUAAAGGGAUUGCAGCUACAAGAAGGUAUCAAGAUCAACACAGCACUAAUGAGCUUAAACUUGGUCAUCACAGCUUUAGGCAAUGGCACGCAUGUGGCUUACGAUAAUACGUUGACCAAAGCACUAAGGCCUGUUCUCUCUCACGAUUCGAAGACUCUCAUGUUUGUCAUGGUGAGUCCCUUGAAGAAGGACUUGGUCACCUCGAUCCAAACCCUCAAGAAAGGUCAAGAAGCGACCAAUGCAAAGUUAGCCGCAGUCAACCGUAGUGGUACUUCCACUCCCAGGGGAACUAGAUCUGUCUCACAUCCGGCAUUGUCGAGCGGUUUAGGGACCCCUACAUCCGUUAGAUCUACCCCCGGCACUCCGACUUCAGGACGGGGCGGAACACGAGGUGGGCUAACUCCACGCCCUACUCCAAGGUCUUCCCUAGGCGGCACUCCGACCAGAGGAAGGGGAUCAGGACGAGGGGGGCGCUAGAUGAGAGAAAUAAGUGAGUAUCCAAUUAACCAAGACAGUUAUUUCUAAAUUCUUAAUUUCAUCUUGUUCUUAUUACUUAUGUAGCUAGCUACCUAGGUAGGUACACAACUCCAGAAAAAUUUCUCAUGUCAUAUCAUACCACAAAUAAUUAUAUUGGAAAUGAUAUGGAAUCUAUUGACUGUAAGUCAUGACUGAACACUUGUGAAAGUUGGAGAUU